AACACGACCUGAAACUCGCAAACACUACCCGUUUGCCCGGUCAGUUGUAAUGCGGCUUUGGGCCGUCUGCUACUUUGGACAAAGAAAAAAAUUAAAAUUUUCAAUUCCAUUUGUUGAUUGCUUCAUCACCCCAACUAAAACCCCAAAAUUAACCCACCAUCCCAUUCACCAAAAGCAGUGUUGGGAAUUUGUGAUGAUUUUGGAUCUCAGCUGAAGUGUUUGGUUUAGUGUUUGAGUUAGAAAUGGCAGCGAGACAAAUGGAAGAGAUACAGAGGAAGCUGGCGAUGCUGAAUUACUCGAGAGCCAAUGCGCCUGCUCAGUCUCUCCUCUUCGCCGGCAUGGAACGCUAUGCUCUUCUCGAAUGGCUGUUCUUCCGCUUGUUGGGGGACAAGUCACCCUUUUCUCAACAGAGUCUUCAAGGGGACGCCAUGGAUCGUGACGAAGAGACUGCUCGCAUCCAAUAUUUGGCAGAGAUUGCAAAGUUUUUGGGUAUUACUACUACUGUAGACACAGAAGUUAUCCAAGGACGAGGAAGCUAUGAAGAUCGCACUGAAAUGCUUCGUCUUAUUGUAGAUCUUGUGGAGGCGAGCAUUUAUGCUGAUAAUCAAGAAUGGAGUAUCGAUGAGCAGGUAGCGAAGGACAUACAACUGAUUGAUUCCAUUGCUGAAAGACAAGCUCAAAUAUUCUCCGAGGAGUGCAAAUUAUUCCCUGCUGAUGUUCAAAUUCAGUCCAUAUAUCCAUUGCCUGAUGUUUCUGAAUUGGAAAAAAAGCUUUCAGAACAAUCAAAGAUACUCUUAAGUCUUCAACAGAAGGUUGACGAUUUGGCAUCAAAGCAUGCAUACAACCCAGAUGAGGAUUAUGCAGAGGUGGAGUCCAGAUUGCGUUCACAUUUGGAAUCUUUCCUAGAAACUGCAAGAUCAUUCAACACGAUUUACACUAAGGAAAUACGUCCCUGGACACACAUGAUGGAGGUACCCCAGCUCCAUGGGUUUGGGCCAGCUGCCAAUCGCUUGUUAGAGGCAUACAAGAUGCUUUUAAAGUUCCUAGGGAACUUGAGGAAUCUUAGAGACUCCCACGCAGCUCUUGCUGUCGGAUCAUCUGACUCAGUUGCGGGUGAGCCCUCGUCUGUCACGAGAAUAAUCUCUGAAUGUGAAUCUGCAUUGACAUUCUUAAAUCGUGACCUUGGAAUUCUCUCGGCUUCCAUUGCUCGCGAGCAAGGUGGGGAGGUGAAUUUAUAACAAAAUUAUUAGUCAUUGGGAGGAAGGCCAUGAAUUCAGUCUCUUCCUCAUCUUCUGGGAAUGCAGAUGAAUGUUACGAAAAUGUAGUUUAUUUGUGUUGCAUGAAAGCGAACUAAAUGUAAUAUCGAUUAUGAGUUCAUAUUGUCAACCAUGAUAGUCUUUUGUGCGUUGAUCUCUCACCAUGUUCAUUUGACUAAGAGUGGAAUUUAUGGGAAGAAGAAAAUCAAAUGUUCCUUUUCA